AUGGCGGAGGUUUGGCCCUUUGAGAAUCUAUGUCUCAGGACAUUGGAGGGAAAAACAUUAAACCUCGCUUUGGUGAAGGCCAGCCUAUGGGCAACAGUCGAAAGGGAGGAGAGUCCUGAGCGAUUCUGUCUAAGCAAUGGACUAUUAUAUAGAGAAGUCCUUGACAUACCAUCCAGAGGGGGGAACGAAAUCAGAAGGGAGUUAGUAAUCCCACAAGCUUACAGGGAGAUGUUGAAAGCAGGGAUCAUAACACCUUCGGAAAGCCCCUGGGCAGCACCCAUAGUGUUAUUAGACAAACCUGGUGGAUCUAUCAGAUUUUGCCUGGAUUAUAGGAAGCUGAACCAUGUCACUAAAGCAGAUGCAUAUCCAAUGCCGCGUUUAGAUGACCUGAUCGAAGCUAUAGGCCAGUGUCAUUACAUCACCUGCCUAGACUUAACAAAGGGGUACUAUCAAGUAAAAAUGGACCCUAAGGACCAGGAGAAAACUGCGUUCAGAAGUCCCUUAGGGCUGUUUGAGUUUAAAGUAAUGCCCUUUGGCUUAAAGAAUGCGCCAGCCACUUUUCAGCGACUGGUGGACAAAAUCCUGAACGGAUUAAGAGAGUUCACAGUUGCUUAUUUAGAUGAUAUUGCUGUGUACAGUCCAACUUGGGAUAAACACAAAGAGCACUUAGGGAUAGUGCUACAGCGAAUUAAAGAGGCGGGUUUAACCAUCAAAGCUAGCAAAUGCCAGAUCAUAGAAUCAUAGAGUUGGAAGAGACCACAAGGGCCAUCGAGUAUUCAAUACCUGGGACACAUGGUGGGAGGAGGAGUGAUGAAACUUUUAGAGACAAAGGUAGAAGCCAUUUCAAACUGGCCUACCCCUACCUCCAAGAAGAAAGUCAGAGCUUUCCUAGGACUAGCCAGUUAUUAUCGAAAAUUUAUUCCCAAAUUUAGUGAGUUAGCAGCACCUUUAUCUGACCUAACUCGGAAGAAGGAGCCAGAUAAGGUCAAAUGGACAGCAGCAUGUCAGCAGGCCUUUGAUGCCUUAAAAAGCGCCUUGACAUCAGAUCCAGUCCUUGUUGCUCCUAAUUAUGAUCGUGAGUUCACCGUCUUCACCGCUGCAUCCAAUGCCGGGAUCGGGGCUGUGCUGUGCCAACAGGGAUAG